UACACUUCCCAUAAGCCCGCGGGGCCGGGCGAGGGGCGGGCGUCGGGGACAUUACCGGACGGGCCUUGCCCGGCAAGUACCAAGUUUCAUGCAGGCUCCUGGGGAAGCUGGUGCUGCUGCUGCUGCUGUCUGAUUCCCGCCGUCAGACCUUGGGAUCGGGGCCGGCGCUGGCAGCUGGCGAUGGCCGACACACGAUCUGUGCACGAAACCAGGUUCGAGGCAGCGGUGAAGGUGAUCCAGAGUUUGCCGAAAAAUGGAUCAUUCCAGCCAACAAAUGAAAUGAUGCUCAAGUUUUAUAGCUUCUACAAACAAGCGACUGAAGGACCCUGUAAACUUUCAAGGCCUGGAUUCUGGGAUCCUAUUGGAAGAUAUAAAUGGGAUGCUUGGAAUUCAUUGGGUGAUAUGACCAAAGAAGAAGCAAUGAUUGCAUAUGUUGAAGAAAUGAAAAAGAUUAUUGAAACUAUGCCCAUGACUGAGAAAGUUGAAGAACUGCUACAAGUCAUAGGUCCAUUUUAUGAAAUUGUGGAAGAUAAAAAAUGUGGCAGGAGUUCUGAUUUAACCUCAGUCCGAUUGGAGAAAAUCUCUAAAUACUUAGAAGAUCUUGGUAAUGUUCUAACUUCUACUCCAAAUGCCAAAACUGUUAACGGCAAAGCAGAAAGCAGUGACAGUGGAGCUGAGUCCGAGGAAGAUGAGGCCCAAGAAGAAGUAAAGGGAACAAAGCAAAGUGAUAAUGAUAAGAAAAUGAAGAAAUUAACAGAUAAUCUGGAACUUAUUGUCACUAAUGGCUAUGAUAAAGACAGCUUUGUUCAGGACAUGCAGCAUGAAGUUCAUCCUGAUUCUUCACUGAAAGGUGGAAAUGCUGAAGAAGGAAAGUGUAUAGAGCAGAACUUAGAGCCAACUGGAAACACUGUUGUCUGUGUUCAUGAAGAUAUAAAUGAUGAUCAUGUUGAAGAUAUUUCAGGAAUUCAGCAUUUGACAAGUGAUUCAGACAGUGAAGUUUACUGUGAUUCUAUGGAACAGUUUGGACAAGAAGAGUCUUUUGACAGCUUUACAUCAAAUAAUGGACCCUUUCAAUAUUACUUGGCUGGUCAUCCCAAUCAGCACUUGGAAAAUUGUGGUUUUUCUGAAGAUGUUCAAGGUCUUCCUGGAAAUGGCAACAUGGGAAAUGUCCAGAUGGUAGCAGUGGAAGGAAAAGGCGAAGUAAAGCAUGGAGGAGAAGAUGGCAGAAAUAAUAGUGGAACACCACACCGCGAGAAGCGAGGUGGUGAAAGUGAGGAGUUCUCUGUCAGAAGAGGAAGAGGACAUAGAAUGCCACACUUGAGUGAAGGAUCCAAGGGUCGGCAAAUGGGAAGUGGAGGUGAUGGAGAACGCUGGGGCUCAGACAGAGGGUCAAGAGGCAGCCUCAAUGAACAGAUUGCUCUUGUGCUCAUGAGAUUGCAGGAGGAUAUGCAGAACGUCCUUCAGAGACUUCAUAAACUGGAAACUCUAACUGCUUCGCAGGCAAAAUCAGCAGCAUUGCAGACUAGCAACCAGUCCUCCUCAGAGCGACCAUCUUGGUGGCCCUUUGAGAUGUCUCCUGGUGCAUUAACUUUUGCUAUUAUAUGGCCUUUCAUUGCCCAGUGGUUGGUGCAUUUAUAUUAUCAAAGACGGAGAAGAAAACUGAACUGAAGAAAAAAUUUUACCCAAGAAGACUGCUGGGCCUGGAUGACUUAAGAAUGAAAUGGAUGUGGAAUUCACAAGAAAAUCUUAGUUUGUGAUGAUUACAUUUCUUUUUUUUUGUUGUUGUUGUCCAGUAGUUUGGUUUGUGUACAUAUAUACAUACAUAUUUUUUGCACUACACAGUGAUAACAUUUUGAGGACUCAUAUUGCUGAUACUUGAAUAAUCAGUCUCAACUAGGUUAUAAGUAGCAUAAAAGAUUUACCCUAUUCUUGAACUUGAAAGACAUUAAAUUAUUAUUGAUAAUGUUUACCUAUGUCCCAUAGAGAAAUGUAAGCUGCUUUCCCAACGUAUAAUUGUGAUUAUGAGAUCAGAUAUAUCAGUCAAUAUUUUUAAUUUUCUGAACUAAAUAUGAGAAAGAAUGCAAACCAAGCGGUUAAUUUCAAAUAAGGUUAGAUUGAUUUAUAUUAGUGACCGAAUGGCCAUGCCAAGUAGUAGGAAACUGCCAGAAGACAAAACUUCGCUAGGCUCCUUUCUGAGCUGUGUGUAAUCUUCUUAGACACUCAAAACUCAGAGCUAAUGUUCAGACAUCAUAACUAAAAAUCAGAGUCCUUUGUACUAGACUUAAUUUUUGCAAAUAAUUCACCAAACAUAUAUAAUCUGCUGAUGGAAAUGAUGGAGAAUGAAAAAAAGUUUUUUAAAUUCUAGUGUGGGUUUAGAAGUAUAUUCUGGGCCUGCAGAUGAUUAAUCAGAUUUUAAUUUAAUCAUACACAUUUCUUCCUUUGUAAUCAUUUUUCUUUUAAGUGAGGAUAUCUAGUUUCUGCUUCAUAGGGUGCUUUGAAAUAUAAAAUGAAAACUUAUUUAUACUGUUUUUACAAAGGUUAUAAAGGAAACAUGAAAAUCACCUUUCUGCAUCUGGUGAAACCACACAGACUGGACUCUUAACCUCUUAGUGCCUCAGUUUUUCCUUCGGGGUAUAAUAUGUGUCUGUACCUACUUCAUAAGAGUAUUGGAAAGAUUGGCAAGAGAAGAGACUAUAUGCUUCCAUAUAUGUAAGGCAUGUCUAACUACUGGAUAUUUAAGUCUCUUUAUCCCACCUUUCAUCUUUAGACCAAAAGGAAGAUCCUUGAAGACUAUAUUUGGAAAAUCAUCUUUCUUCUAUACUUUCCCAAAUUCCCUGCUUACUUAGCACUUCUUUGUACUUUACUGAUUUCUUUGAUUUAAAGUUUUUCUAGCAAAUGGUUUGAGCAUUCUCAGUAUAUAUGAUGUUGUUAGCAUUGUGUUCAGAGUAUUAAAAGAGAAAGAAUCCAUUUUUUGUAUACAGGGUAGAGCUUUGAAGAAA